AUGUCUAACGCUGACUUCCUAGCAAAAGCAAUUGAAAUUGUGAAAAAAGCAACCGAGGAAGACCACAAAGGCAAUUACAAAGAGGCAUACAACCAUUAUCAAAAUGCGCUCGAGUAUUUCAUGACAGCCAUCAAAUAUGAAAAGAACGAUAGGUUGAAAGAUCCCAUAAGAAAGCGAUUUGUCGAAUAUCUUGAUAGAGCUGAGAUGCUGAAAGAGUUUCUAAACGAGCAAGAAAAGAAGCGAAAGGAACCAAUAGGUGCCAACGGCGCCUCUAAAAAAAAGAAGGGUGAUGCUGCAUCCUCUAACGACGCUGAAGACGAGGAUCCAGAUAUGAAAAAAAUCAGAGCCAGCUUGACAGGCGCUAUUCUCACGGAGAAGCCCAAUGUAAGAUGGGAUGACGUUGCUGGUUUGGAAGGAGCGAAGGAAGCACUCAAAGAGGCUGUUAUUUUGCCCAUCAAAUUUCCUCACUUAUUCACUGGACAGCGAAAACCUUGGAGAGGUAUUUUGUUGUACGGACCUCCAGGUACAGGUAAAUCGUUUCUGGCAAAGGCAGUGGCUACAGAGGCAAACUCCACCUUUUUCUCUGUAUCUUCUUCUGAUCUCGUUUCAAAAUGGCUUGGUGAAAGUGAAAGAUUGGUCAAACAACUAUUUCAAAUGGCAAGAGAAAAUAAACCAUCCAUUGUGUUUAUUGAUGAAGUGGAUUCUUUGUGCGGCACUCGUGGUGAAGGUGAAUCAGAGGCAUCAAGACGUAUAAAAACCGAAUUUCUGGUUCAAAUGAAUGGCGUGGGCAAUGACAUGGAUGGCGUGUUGGUACUAGGAGCCACAAAUAUCCCAUGGCAGUUGGACUCUGCUAUUCGUCGAAGAUUUGAAAAACGUAUCUAUAUACCUCUCCCUGAAGCUCAUGCUCGUGCGACCAUAUUUCAAUUGAAUGUUGGAUCAACACCAUGCACAUUAUCGCAAGCAGACUAUAGAAAACUAGCUGAAAUGACAGAAGGUUAUUCUGGUUCAGAUAUUGCAACUCUUGUAAGAGAUGCUCUGAUGCAGCCAAUUCGUAAAGUUCAAAUGGCAACACAUUUUAGAUGGGUAGAAGCGCCAUCAAGGACAGACCCCAACACAACAAGCCGUUAUUUGACACCAUGUUCGCCAGGUGCUGCCGGUGCUCAAGAAAUGACUUGGAUUGAUAUUGAGCCAGAUCAAUUACUAGAGCCAGACUUAACUGUUCAGGACUUUUUGAAAGCUGUACAGAGCUCACGACCAACUGUCAACAAGAAUGAUAUCAUGCAGCAAAUCAAUUUUACGAACGAUUUUGGGCAAGAAGGUUAA